AUGGCCGUGCGAGUGUACGUACUCCUCGGAAAGCCCACAGCUAUCUCCAUCGUGCUCGGAACACUAUUCCUGAUCACGCAUAGCCUAAACAUCUCGGUGACCGUGUGGUUUGUGGCAGGGGGGACGAUCAUGUAUACGUCAUUCGAGUUCCUCGAUAUCAACAUAUGCCAGCAAUACGUGCCUCCGAAUCGGGUGUGGGCGUUUCCUGCAACAAGUUUUGCCGUUCUGGGCUUCGACAUUAUCCUUUGCGCACUUGCCCUACACCACGCGGUUAAGCGCUUUCCUGCUGCUUUCUGGCGGGCUCCGCUCCAAGCAGCAGCAGGUCUGGCGUCGGUGAUCGUACGCGAUAACUUGGUAUACUUUUUCUUGACCUUGAUUGCGAUGAUGCUCUCCGCAAUUGAUUUUGUACCCAUUAUUACAAAGUCGAUCAUAUUCAACUCUAUCUACCCAAUACCGCAGAUGAUGCUGUUGACGAUGAUUGGUCCAUGGAUGAUAAUCAGCCUGCGCCGAAACUUCGACAAUGAUACCGGCGAAGGUGGACCUCAUUCCCAGGAGAUGAUCUCUGUAGCGUUUGCUAGCCCGGAGAUCCAACAAGAGGAAGAGAUUGAAGUUGUCGAGCGCUCUUUUGCGUAG